GCACGUCUGGUCUCCUUUGCAAUCUACCAAGUUGCGAAUUGUAUUCGAUGUCCCUUCACAUGCAAAGGGCGAGUACUUUUUCAAUGACGGGAUCUCCAAUUCCGCACGCAAAGCGUUUCUACAAAUACGGCUGCCUAAAGAACACGGAGACGUAGCAAGACUCCUCUGGAACGACCACGUGUACUUUCGCUUUUGUCGAGUUCCUUUCGGCAUUGAGGCAAGCUCAGCAUUUUCAAAUCAAUCGGUACUUAAGCAUAUCGAACAAUCUCAGUCGAGCAUUGCAUCAGAGCUAUCCAACCCUCUCUACGUGAACAACGUACUCCUCGAAGGCAGAACAGCCGAGGAACUAAUUAGGAAAUAUACCGAGUCUUA